AUGCAGCUAGCAACAUUGGCAAAAAGUGUUGCUUCUAUACAGGUCGAGUCAUCCCGUCGUCGUCGUUAUCCAUAUUAUGACGAGGAUGAGUCUAGCAAUGAUGACGCACCUCGUGCGGCUUUAUUCAUUCUCUUUGUGCGGCUUUAUUCAUUCUCUUUGUGCGGCUUUAUUCAUUCUCUUUGUGCGGCUUUAUUCAUUCUCUUUGUGCGGCUUUAUUCAUUCUCUUUGUGCGGCUUUAUUCAUUCUCUUUGUGCGGCUUUAUUCAUUCUCUUUGUGCGGCUUUAUUCAUUCUCUUUGUGCGGCUUUAUUCAUUCUCUUUGUGCGGCUUUAUUCAUUCUCUUUGUGCGGCUUUAUUCAUUCUCUUUGUGCGGCUUUAUUCAUUCUCUUUGUGCGGCUUUAUUCAUUCUCUUUGUGCGUCUCUGUAUCAACCAUCUGUGCGUUAGGGUUUCAUCUAAACCCUCCACUCCUCCAUUCAAUCGCCAUAAUUCACUCUUGAUUAAUUGCGCGCGCUCUGUUCUAGUUACUAUGCCACAAGAUUUGAAAUUCCCUUACCCCUGUUUUGAUUCAUUGCAAUUGAGGAAAGGUGGUAUGCCAAGUAUGAUUGGUCUUCCUUCAGAUCAUGCACUUGUUGAGGAUGAUGAAUGCUUAAGGAAACAAUGACGAAUGAAAUCAACGUUAAGCUACUGAUCGAGUUUGCCUGAACUACCAAUGUUGUAGGCACCUGCAACCAUAUAUUUUCUCUGCUUUCUGCUGUUGGGUUAGUUUUUUUCAAUUGACUCCUACAUAGCCAUGACCGCACAUCACAGUGUCACCGAUUACCACUCAACACCCACAAAACCAUUGACGUAUAAGAAGAAACACGUUUGGUCUUGGAAUAAUUAAAUUGAAUUUGACCCAAAAAAAAAA